UUGAAGACAAAAAAUCACAACGAAAUUAAAAGUAAAACUACUGAAAAAUCCCAAACUAUUAUAACCUUGGUUUGUUCGUAGCUACUUUUUAAAAUAUUGCCUUAUGUAGGCCUAUGGAAAGAUAGUAGACUCACCGUGUAAGGUCAUGGUUGGCCAUUCAAUUUUUCUGCUACUCUGCGAAAACACCCUGGUAAAUACUUUCCUCCAGCGUGUCUUCAGUAAGCUAGUUUUACUGUCAUUCUGACGGGUGAUGUGACUUCAUUCUCCUGCAGCAGCUUUUACCCUGCAGCCAGCAUGGACGACAACACUCUGAAACUGCUGGUGAAAAUCACUCAGGAGGGACAGUUGGGCUCUCUGGAGGAAAGGAUAACAUCAGGUGGCUCUGUGGCGGUUCAGACUGUCUGUAGCAAACACUUUGGUCGCUCAGGGGACACCCUGUUGCACUACGCUGCCAGAAAGGGACACCUGGACAUUGUGGAGUAUCUAAUAAAGCGUGUCGGCAUGGACGUAGAAGUGUACAACAACGACUACAAGAGGCCGCUGCACGAAGCUGCGUCCAUGACCCACCAGGCUUGUGUUAGCUACCUGCUCCAGGAAGGAGCCAAGGUGGACAGUCUGAAGAAAGCUGACUGGACUCCCCUGAUGAUGGCCUGCACCCGCAGAAACCUUGCUGUGAUCCAGGAGCUGCUGGGCCAUGGUGCUGACCCUGCACUGAGAAACAAGGAUGGCUGGAACUCCUUCCACAUCGCCUGCAGAGAGGGUGACCCUCUGGUCAUACAGCACCUGCUUGUUGUCUCACCAGAUGUCUGGAGGACGCAGAGCAGGACACGCAGGACGCCACUACACACUGCAGCGAUGCACGGCUGUGAAGAGGUGGUUAGAAUCUUGCUCGAGAGUUGUGGCUACAGCCCGGACACCACUGACAGCUGUGGAGUCACACCUUUCAUGGAUGCUGUCAGGAACGGACACAUUUCUGUAGCCAGGCUGCUUUUGGAGAAGCACCAGGCGUCUCCAUCAGCAGCUGACAUAGUCGGGGCUCAGGCAGUACACCAGGUUGCAGUCACUGGCCAGGAGGAGGCGCUGCGGUUCCUGGUGCGGGACCUAAACAUAGACGUGAAUCAGAGGACGCCUGACAUCCAGCUCACUGCCCUGCAUUACGCUGCAAAGGAGGGCCACACGUCAGCUAUAAAAGCACUACUGGAGUUGGGGGCAGAUCUUCAUGUUCGGGACAAAAAGGGAAGAACUGCUCUUCAUAUGGCCUGCAUCGGGCAGCAUGCAGAUGCUGCCAGGACACUCCUGCAGCUGGGGCUCAAAGACUCAGAGGACACAUCUGGCACAACAGCACGGCAGUACGCCAGGAAACCAGACGUAGUGAGAGUGCUUGAAUGUGGCCUUUCGGAUCCAUCAUAAACAUACCAUCAUGAUUCACAACACAGAUUUGCACUCGGUUCUGUUACCUAAUUUAAGUAAAGAUUCCUAAACAUGUAAUGUGAAUGAAGUCAAUCAGUUUAGUUUGUGUUGAUUGCAAUAAAUCUUUACCUGUACUGUGCUGUAUAGUGUAUGUAGUCUUGAAUGACAUAAUUUGGAGACUUCAGUUACAUAACUUCAAUUAAAGUGUUGCUUUAAAAGACCAUAAUGGUGUUUGCGCUAAAAUGUCAGCCACUCAGUGAGGUUGAGACAUGAUUGGACAUGCUAAAAUAUGCUCACCUGCCUGUGUUUGAUUUUGUCUGAUUAUAUUCUAGAUGUUAUCAUCUUGAAUCUCUAGCCUGCCAGCAUAGAGUCUGGGAUGUCAGACACAAUACAAAGCCUAAGCUUUUAACAUUAGCAGUCUUUAUAGCUGCUUGGUGUCUAUUAGUCUCUGCAUGAAAGUAUCGUGUAAGUGUGUACAAAAUACAUGCACUGAAUGUAGUUUAAGGCUUAUGAAUGGUGUUAGAUGUCCAUGUUUUUAAAUGCCGUGUUGGCUGACAGUGAGCCCUAUAUCCAGUGACGUAAAAACUGACUUGGUGAAUAUUACAGAGGCUAGCAUUAUGAAUGUCACUGGGUUUACAAAACAGGUGUGUCGACAUAAUGUUCGUCAGCUCUGGUAACACAAAUAGUGAAAUGAGUUUACAAUGCAUUACACUUAAUUUGUUGUUGGAAUUCCUCAUGUAAGUUGAGUUCCAGCCACAAUAUGCAUUUCAAUAGGUAAAACUUAACUUAAUGAGAAAGACUAUUCAGUAGAUGGUGGGUUAUGAUAUUCAACAAUAAAAAGUACUUGUGGUUAUCAGUCAUAUGAAUGGAAAGCAAACCAAUAACUUUGACACAAUUAUUUCAAUUCAAAGUGU